AUGUCCGCAUGCAGCAAAAUCCGCCACAUUGUCCGUCUCCGCCAGAUGCUAAAGCGGUGGCGCAUGAAGGCCGCCGCCGUCUCCUUCCGCACGCCCCCCGACGUCCCGGCCGGACAUGUAGCUGUCGCCGUCGGCACCACCUGCAAAAGAUUCGUCGUUCGAACUACAUACCUAAACCACCCACUAUUCAAGAAACUGUUGAUCCAGGCCGAAGAGGAAUAUGGAUUCACCAAUUCAGGCCCACUGGCCAUUCCUUGCGAUGAAUCACUGUUUGAAGAGAUUCUUCGAUACUUGGUCCGCACGGAAUCGAAUCAAAGUAAUUCGGCCCGAUUCAUGAGCUUUGAGGAUUUUCAAAGAUACUGCCAUGUCGGAAUCAGAAGCAACAUUGAGUUCUGGGCCGAGUCACGGCCGCUUUUAUAUUCUGAUAAGUCUAUAUGCUAA